AUGUUGUUGAAAUUGUAAAUUUUGCCUUUGCGUCAAAUCAUGUCACGAAAUAUUUCUACCGUCACUCAAAUUAGUCGCAGGGAUGUUAAUCAUUGCCGUGUUGUUGUUGCUGUUUGUAAAACAUCGGGACGACAUCGUUGACGGCGAAGCUUGCAGAAAAUUUCACAAAUCAUAUAAAACUAAAACUUCAAAUAAAAGCAUUCUCAGAUUGCAUUUAUUAAUUUACUCUUUUGACACAUAAUAUUACUGAUAAAAAAAUAAAGAAGAUGUGAUUAAGUUUAGUUAUAAUUCGCUGAGGAACGAUUUAGUUUUAAAACUGUAAUAAGAUAUCAAAAUCUUAGCUUUGGUUAAGACAAGUGAAAAAAGUCAAAUACGAGGGUUCCUGACAAGUAAAGAUUUAAAUCUAAUAUAACGAAUCGAAUUAUAUACUUAAACCGUAAUACCACAGUGGUGUGUAAGUGGCUAACUCCGGUAUGGAAAAAGAACGGAGUGGUUGCGGGAGUAACAGCAGCAGCACGCGCUAUGCUAGUACCAGUGAUCGUCUUAGUGGCAGGAAUUCACAGGAAUAUGAUGAUUUACUAAAAAAACAUAAAAAGUCCAAGAGGAAAAGAAGUAAACGCUCACACUCGCGUGAAGUUUCUCCGGGGCGACAUUUACGAAAUAAUCGUACCAGCAGCAGCCCCUCACCUGUUGGUGAUACUAGUAAGGACAGUACUGAUCAUGAUGGUGAUUUAAAAAUGAAACAAGCAACGACAAAGCCACACACCAUUACUGCUAUUGUAGAGUACUCAGAUGUUAGUUCGGAGGAUUUUUCUGAUCCAGAGACUGGCGAAAUCAACUCUGAACCGAAUGACAUAACAAGAAAGUCGAGUAAAGAUAUAGCGGGAUCAACUCUUGGUAAAGAUACUAAACCAUCCAAUCAACUUCCGCCACCUAAAGUACCCAAAUCUGAUCAACAGCUACAUGCUCUCAGCAGUGAUGAUGAUAAUUUCAGACAAAAGCGAAAGGAAAGUCUUGAUAACCUUUCCAAUCUCUCACCCAAUCGAGUGCGACGUAUUAUUCUUGGUUCACCUGUACGUGGGGCAAAAUCCAACUCUGGUACUGCACCUGGCAGCAGUUUGCUUAAUACCAAAGGAGAUAAGAUAUCCAAUCCGGAUGCUUCCAUUAAUGACUCAAAGAUAACAAGUUUAUCUCAUCAUCGUACACAUGAUAGUGACUCAAGUGCGAAAAAACAAAAAAAAACUAGUAGUAGCAGUAGUAAAUUGCUAGACGAAGAAGUGUCGGAUUGGGAGGCAGUUCUGGAAAGUAGUGAUUCCAUGGAUACAGAUGAAUUCGAAGCUGAACUUAAACGCCAGAAACGCAAAAAGGCCAAAAAAGACAAAAAACACAAGAGAAAUAAGAAGUCAAAAAAACGACGGAAGAAGCGUGCCCGUUCCUUCUCAAGUAUCGAAUCGAUUUCUGAUAAUGAUCUCGAUGCCGUCAUUGCAGCUGAAAGUCUCCGACACUACACCCCAUCACCAAAGACGCAUCGUGCUCAUGAUAAAUCUGUUGGCAACAGUGCAAUUAAGACUCCUGACCGUAAUACCGCUGGAAGCGGUGUUGGGCCUUCUUACACACCUAUCAAAGAGGUCAGUCCAAUGUCUGUCGAUACACCACCAAUGCGUCCUGGCAGCAGUAAUAGUUAUUACGCUGAAAAGUCUAGUAUUACUAUAGCAGCCGCAGCAAAAUCUACUGGUACGCCCACAGUUGCAGCAGCGUCACUGCAAGUAACUGUAACCAAUCAGCGUCAUCGUACACCACCACGCACCAGUGCUAAAGCUAGAUUUCCCGCCGCAACGUCGCCACAUACGCCACCACUUUAUGGAGGCAGCAAUGUCGAACGUGGACAUGCAGUGCGCAACUCACGCUACGCACUCAGUCCACCCAAAGAAGAUGUACUAACACAUCAUCAUCACCGCUCACUAAGCAACAUAAGUGGAGGUGGUGCUGCUAGUCACCAUUAUAGUGGGCGCAGUGGCACGACUGUCGAAGCACAUAAAUACAAGCAUGUUUCACCUGACCGUUACCAGCACAUUCAGCCAACAACACCACCUCAUAAACGUAGAAAAGCCUUUGAUACACGUACUAAUGCGGCGUUCGAGUCACAUCAUGCUCGCCAUCAUGGUUCCAGCACCCAUGGUAUACGCAAAGCACAUGAUCUUGAUCGGUUCGGUAAUAGUACUAGGGAUAAGUAUGGUAGACGUUAUUCAAGAAGCCCCAGUAUGAUGAAUACACGCAGCAGGCAAUCGCCACCAUAUACGUCUGGCUCUUCAACAGUAUAUCGUAGUAGUGGUAUCGCUAGCGGCAGUCAUCGCCAUAGUAGCAGCAGCAAAUAUCUACAAGCCACCUCACCAUCGCCUGUGCGGUCGCGAUCUUCAAAACGGGCAGCAGGCGGUGAUCGAUAUUCUCGAUCCCGUUCACCACGUUCUAUUACAAGACAUUACGAUUCCCCACCUUCGCCGAUGUCUGCAGCAGGGGUCAGUGGACGGUCAUCCCAUCGGCGCUAUCGUUCUUCCUCACGUCAUCGUCGCCGCGGUGCCAGCAAGCGUUCAUAUAGCCGUUCUCGAAGUCGUAGUCGCUCACGCUCGCGUUCUCGUACACGAUCUCGUUCACCCUCAUCGUCACCAACCUCGCGCGACCUGAAACUCAAACGUAUCGAAUACAGUAAGAAGAUCAGUGACACCAGCCUAUUCGCUGAACUGGUAAAAGACAAACAUAAGCGUCAAAAGGCGAUAGACGCUCUACUAGAACGGCAGGAGGAGAAUAGUAACAGCAACAGCGCGCUCAUAAUAAAUGAGAAUAGCUCAUCCAUAGAUAGCAGCACGCCUAAGGUCGCUGUGCAUUCAGACCUCACACCGUCCACCACUGACAGUAGCACAGUAAAAACGACAACUUCAGUGCCAACUGCAGUCUCAUCCGCCAUUGUUGCCUCAGCACCAAACGGCGUUAGUGGCGUGAAUAAACCCGUCGUAGAAGUCACUAACAUUCCCAUGCCAAAGUUAGUAGUGGAGGAAAAAUCCAGCGCUGAUCUUUCGACAGCUAUGGACACUGAUAAAAAUCACACAGUAACAAAUGCAAACAGUACGGAUGAAACAGAUCGUGAAGCUGUCAUUGCACUGCCGCCGAUCAAAACUAAACCGAAAAGUCUUACUGCACUACCAAUGCCGCCAGGUAUAAGUGCAGCUGAUUUAGCCAUUGCAACAACACCCUCUCCACCUUCGGAAUAUGCCAGCUCAAAUGCUACACCUGCCAAGAAACAGAACACGAAUAACGCUACGGGUACCACUACAACAUCAGCGCCAAACUCUAAUGCCAACAAAAGCUUACUAAACUUACCCAUGCCACCAAUGGUGCCUGGUGGGGAGGAGCUAAGCGGUGAUGAGGAUGAUGUUAUUAAUAGUCCUGAAGAUUUCGACAUGUCUAAUGCUGGCAGCAGUAGCACAAGUAAGGGCGCUGCGGGUGGUGAGGCCAAUGAUGACACUGCCGGUAACGGUAAACUGACAAAUAACAGUAAAGGAAGUGCAACCGCAAAACGCAAACGGCCUGUUAUAUUAAAUAGACGCGACUCACGAAAUCAAGUACGCGAUUGGGGUGAACGUUGUGUGGACGUCUUCGAAAUGAUAGCUCAAAUUGGCGAAGGCACAUACGGGCAGGUUUAUAAGGCACGUGAUCAUCAUACUAACGAAAUGGUUGCGCUGAAAAAAGUGCGUUUGGAGCAUGAAAAGGAAGGUUUCCCCAUUACCGCUGUGCGCGAAAUUAAGAUUUUACGCCAACUAAAUCAUCGCAACAUUGUUAAUCUUCAUGAAAUAGUCACUGACAAGCAAGAUGCUUUGGAAUUUCGCAAAGAUAAGGGCUCAUUUUAUUUGGUAUUUGAAUAUAUGGAUCACGAUCUAAUGGGCCUACUGGAAUCUGGCAUGGUCGACUUCAACGAAGAGAAUAAUGCCAGUAUUAUGAAGCAAUUACUAGAUGGCCUCAAUUACUGCCAUAAGAAGAAUUUUCUUCAUCGUGAUAUAAAAUGUUCAAAUAUUUUAAUGAACAACAAGGGUCAAGUAAAACUUGCGGAUUUCGGUUUGGCACGCCUUUAUAAUGCCGAAGAUCGUGAACGACCGUACACCAACAAAGUAAUAACACUUUGGUACCGACCACCCGAACUUCUGCUCGGCGAAGAACGCUAUGGACCAGCGAUUGAUGUUUGGUCAUGCGGUUGUAUCUUGGGAGAGCUAUUCGUUAAACGACCACUCUUUCAAGCGAAUGCCGAAAUGCCACAAUUAGAUACCAUAUCGAGAGUAUGUGGUACACCGGUGCCGGCUGUGUGGCCGAACGUCAUUAAACUGCCUCUCUUCCAUACGUUCAAGCCGAAACGCCAGCAUAGGCGACGAUUACGAGAAGAUUUUGAAUUCAUGCCGUUGCCCGCAUUAGAUUUACUCGAUCGUAUGUUAGAAUUGGAUCCGGAACGUCGAAUAACUGCUGAAGAGGCGCUCAAAUCACCAUGGCUCGUGAAUAUCAAUCCCGAUGAGAUGGCUAUACCAAGAUUGCCAACAUGGCAAGAUUGCCACGAAUUGUGGAGUAAAAAAUUACGUCGUCAAAAGCGUGAGCAGGGCGAAACGGGGCCGCUGUGAGACUACAUUUACCCUCCUAUGGUGGAGACGCCAGUCUUAGACAACACAACAACAACGACCCGGCUGCAGCGCUUGAAAGACGAUAACGAUGAUAACGCUGACAAGAUGACAGACAACACGCAACCACUGUUCAUGUAGUAGUGAAGGCAACAACAAUAGCAAUACUCAAAUAUAGCAAAACCUAUUCAUUCGGGCGCCAUGGACGCACAGAAAGCCGUUACCAUCGACAAUACGUACAAAUUUUCUUAAAAGAAUAUUGUAUAUCCACAUGUUUGUAUGUUAGAUGGUUGAAUGUUUGACCGAGCAGGUAUUGUUGAAGCGUGUUUUUAUAGAGAAAAAGUGUUGAGAGCUUAGCAAUUACACUUAAUAAAACUCUUUUCAUUUUUUUCCAAACUUUUAUCUUAAGUAAUUGUAAUAUUGCAACAUUUUUAGGUUUUUCUAUAAUUACUAUUAUCACUUACUAUUUUUAUUAUCAAAUAUUAUAAUAGUAAUGGCAACGAGUUGAAGCGUAAACUAAAUUAUAGUUAGUUAAAAAAAA